ACUGACAACGUUAAUGAUAAAAAAUAAAAUAAAAUCAUGUAUCAAACUAUGUCUUAACUUUGUUAGGGUGACUAAUUGUAUUAAAACAUUCAUUACAAAACGCCUAGAGAGAAAAUGAAGGAACUCAGCUUGUGUGCGCUGUAGAAAUGCCUCCGGGUAGCGACUAAAAACAGGAACCAUGUGACUUCCACAGCAUCCUCCUGCUUCCCACUAACUUGUGGACAAGCCUGUCACAUAAAACAAAAAGAGAAACAAAAGACAUGGCUGCGUCUAAUUAUACCCUGAAGGUCAACAGAGAGCUGUUGGACCCCGGCUUUGAGAGCUACCGGUUAUCUCUGGACGCCAUACCGACGUACAGCGUUGAGCUGGAGGCUGCGGUGGAGGAAGUGAAGCUGAAGGACACCGAGUACACCCUGGAACACAUGCGCGCUUUCGGCAUGUACAACUACCUCCACCUGGACCCGUGGUAUGAAGACAGCGUUUUGUUUGUGGACUGCAAAGGACGCGUUCUCAGUCUCACCGUCACCCUGGACUCGGCCCUGGGGAAGCCCAGGGAGCUCUACCGUAUCCCCGCCAACCGCGGCCCCGGCGAGCCCCGGCUCUGCGCGUCCCUCAGCUUCACCUCGGCCACCUGGGCGGCGCUCUCCGACGGCGCCGGCCGGCUCUACCUGCUCCGCACCGGCAAGAGGGGAGACAGCUCCCAUUCCACGUGGGAACCGCUGUUCACCGAGGACGCCGGCGAGCCGUUCACCGUCCUCCACAGCGUGUCUCACGCCCCGCGGGGCGUCCACACCCUGGAGGUGCUGCUGCUCCGCAUCCAGAAGGACCCGCAGGAGACCAAAGGCAGCGGCUACUCCGUGUCUCUGGAGUGGAUCACCGUCGCCGCAGCACAAGGUGCAGACGAGGAGAAGAAGUACGAGGUGAAGAAGAGGAGGGUCCUCACGGGGAAGUCGGUGCCUCACUACGCCGCGGUGGAGCCGCAGGGGAAGGGGCUGAUGGUGGCCUCCGACAAGCCCUUCGCCUUCACGCAUGUGGACGGCCGGCCGGUGGAGCCGCCCCACCCUCAGCCCAUGGAGGUGGAGAAGACAGAUCCCAUUUACUUCUGGCAGCAGACGGCGGAGGACGUCACGGCGUGCGUGCGGAUGCCCGAGGGCGUCUCCAAAGAGGACGUGCAGUUCCGGCUGACGGGGGACCGCAUCAGGCUCGGGGUUCAGGGCUUCCCCUCGAUACUGGAGGGCCAGCUGCACUCGUCUGUGGACCCGGAGGCCAGCGCCUGGAUCAUCAAGGAUGACAAAAGCCUGGAGGUGACCCUGCAGAAGCUCACGGAGGGCCCGCUGUGGUCGGAGCUGGUGACGGGCGACAGGAGAGGAGAGUACGUUGUAAGCGAUGAGCAAGCCGCCCUCAUCCACGAGAGGCUGACCUUCCUCACCUCGGAAGACUUGAAUGGAAACCCUGACGCCGACAAGCCCCCUUGUAACUCGCAGGAGCUGGAGGACUGCGACGGGUUCCCAGAAGACGGCUCCAGCCUCACACACUUUGACGGAGAAUCGCUCAAGCCCACUCAGGUGGUGAACCUGGGCAGCCACCAGUACCUGUUCACCGUGGACGUGAACCCGUCCGCCAUGCCGUGUCUCUGCCUCCGGCACGACGUGGACGCUCUGGUGUGGCAGCCGCGGCCCGACCAGCCCGGAGACAUGUGGGAGCACGUCGCCACCUUCAACGCCCUGGGCUACGUCCAGGCGUCCAAGCGGGAUAAGAAGUUUGCGACCUGCGCCCCGAACUUCUCUUACGCCUCGCUGGGCGAGUGCCUCCGCCGGGCCUUCAUCUACCGGCAGCCGGCGCCGGUGGACACCGUCCUCUUCAACCGGAAGCAGGGCCGCCAGGUGGGCCAGGUCGCCAAGCAACAGGUGGCCAGCCUGGACUCCGAUAAGCCCAUCCUGGGCUUCAGGGCGACCAACGAGCGGCUGUACAUGCUGACCUCCAGCCACCUCUUUAUUCUAAAGGUCAAUAAUGAUUAGAUUGCGGGACCCUUGUUAGUUGUAGAUGGUCAUCUCGGCCCCGCCCCCUCCCUCCGGAGCUCUAUCAUUCCAAACUGAAGAUCGGCCAUCUGUCACUGCCUCUCUCUCUCAUUUCUCCGUGUGUACAUUUGAGUCUCCACUGCCGUUUGCUUUCACCUCCUACAAGUCGUCUGUGCUCCAACAUGUCUGUGAACAAGCGGCGAGGGAUGAAUAAACUAGAGCUGAAUGUC